AUGGCAUUGAAGGGUACGUAUGGUAAAUUUGAGUAUGAAAGCGAGGAAGUGGAAGAAGAAGAAGGCUACUAUACUGGGGAGCGAUCAGGAAUAGGAACCACCACUCAAGAGAGUGUGGCAGAAGAAAUCACUGGUCGGGAAGAAGCACCCCCAUCAGAAGUGGAAACUGAGGAAAUGGAGAUCCCUAGCCCCACUAUAUACUUAACCGUCCUGGAGGAAGUACUGACGCCGGAAGAAGAGGAGUCUGUCAUUGGAGAACCAAGAAUGGACAUGGACAACCUAAAAAAGAAAGAAUGA